AUGAAGGUUUUGCUUGCGCUUGUGGCGCUGCCGUAUGCGACGGGAGCUACGGACUUCAAUGCGCAAGCCAAAGUCAUUGUGGAUGCAAUGACCAUCGACGAACUGAUCGGCCAAAUGACGCAGGUGAACAUUGACUAUGUCAUCCAAGACCAGAACGCGAAAAAGGUGGUCGUUCCAUCCAAAGUCGCGGAUCUGGCCAACCAGCGCAUCGGGUCGUACUUGAACUCGCCCUUUAGCACAUCGACGUCGGUCAGCGUCACGGGAUGGAACGUCACCGAAUGGCGCAGCGCGAUCAGUCAGAUCCAGACCACGCACAAAGCAACGACGGGCCACCCCAUCAUUUACGGUGUGGAUUCGCUGCAUGGCGCCAACUACGUCCAGAACGCCGUGCUGUUUCCUCACCAAAUCAACGUCGGCGCCACGUUCGACCCAGCCUUCGCCAGCCAAAUGGGGCGCUUUGCCGGGCGAGACACGCGAGCUGCGGGAAUUCAUUGGAUCUUUGGGCCGUGCUUGGAACCCGCCCGCCACAAAGGCUGGCCGCGCAUCAUGGAGACGUUCGGGGAGGAUCCGACGGUCGUGGCGGACAUGGGGCGAGCCAUCGUGCAGGGUAUCCAGAGCAACAAUGUGGCCGCGUGCUUCAAGCACUACAUCGGGUACUCAGGGAGUGCGUCGGGAAAAGACCGCGACCCCGUGACCCUGAGCAAGCACGAGCUGCUCAACAUCUUCAUGCUGCCGUUCAAAGCCGUGAUUGACGCCGGGAUCAUGACCGGCAUGGACUCGUACAUUGCGUUGAAUGGCGUCCCCAACUCUGCGAACCGGCAAACGUCCAUCGACUUGCUGCGCACGGAUUUGAAGUUUGACGGGUUCUUGGUGUCGGACUGGGAAGAGAUUUACAUGAUGGAGUACUUCCACAAAUACGCAACCGACAGACAAGACGCCGUGUUCAAAGCCAUGUCCAACUCGUCGUUAGAUAUGAGCAUGGUCCCGACGGACACGAGCUUCAUUGGGAUCAUGAAGACCCUUUUCGACAGUGGAAAGGUCUCCCUUGAUCGCAUUCGCACGUCAGCCCAACGCAUUGUCAAAGUCAAACUGCAGCUCAACCUGUACAACGACCCUGUGCCUGGGGCGGAUUUGGCCAAUGCCGUGGGCGAUUCCGUCAGUCAAAGUGCCGCCUUGGAAACGGCCAAGGCGUCGCUGGUGCUGGUCAAAAACACGAACAACGUACUGCCGCUAGACCCCGCCAAAUUUUUCUUCUUCACGGGGCCCUCCAUUGACGACAUUGGGCUCCUUUGCGGAGGUUGGACCAUUCACUGGCAAGGGGUUCAGGGUACCAGCAACUUCCCAGCGUACGGUCGAACGAUCCAAGCGGCCAUGAGUGCCGUGGUGGGCAAUGCCACGCGAGCUCAGUUCUACCAAGGAGUCAACAUCGACGGCACGUGGUGGGACAUCAACUUGGCCAAGCAGAAGGCCCAAGCCGCCGACUACACUGUGAUUGCGCUGGGGGAGCGGACGUACGCCGAACUGCUGGGCAACUCGGACCCGUAUGAGCUGCCCACGGGACUGACCGACUACGUCAAGGCUCUCGCCACAACGGGCACAAAGAUAAUUUUGGUGCUGGUGGAAGGGCGUCCUCGCUUGUUGAGUGGCAUUGCAGAUCUCGCUGCAGCUGUGCUGUACGCGGGUCUGCCCUGUGAAUUGGGUGGGGAAGCCAUCUCGAGCGUGCUGUUUGGUAGCACAAAUCCCAGCGGCAAGUUGCCGUUGACGUACCCUAAAUCAACAGACCAAGUCAACUUGGCCACCCCGUACUAUGGGCGAAUUGGUGGUAAUUGCGUCGUGGGUGGAGUCACAACGAACUGUCCGGUGGAGUGGCAUUUUGGCCACGGGUUGAGUUACACGUCGUUUGGCUAUUCGAACGUUCGCUUGACAGCCACAAGUCUGACGCCGUCGCUGAACCAAACUGUGGUUACUGUCACCGUGACAAACGCUGGUACGACCACGGGAAAGGAGUCCGUGCUGCUGUUUGUGUCGGCCCCCGGAGGUCCGGAAACGAGAUUGCUCAAGAAAUAUACCAAGGUCGAGUUGACGCCAGGGCAGUCCACGGACGUCCCUUUCACUCUUACCCCUGAUGACUUUGGGAAAUACGUCAACGAAAUCGGUCAAGGGCUGCGCAAAGAGGCGACUGCUGGGACGUACUACGUGUCACUCAAAUAUGACACCCUUUGCAAUGCGGCCACCCUUGGCCCCCUCUGCAAAGCAUUCACAUGGAAUUCCCCCUCGACCACUACUCCAGUCCUUACCCCAGCCCCAACUCCAGCCCCAACUCCAGCCCCAACUCCAGCCCCUACUCCAGCCCCUACUCCAACACCUACUCCAGCCCCUACUUCAGCCCCUACUCCAGCACGAACUCGCACUUUUUACAAGCUUCGCUUGGACGCCUACAACUUUGUGCUUGCAAACCCGUCCUCGGAGCCAGUCGUGUUUGUCGCCGACGUUGCCAAUGCGCCUGUGCAAGAGUGGUCCUUUGACAGCGCCACGAGUCAAGUCGUCAAUCGCGGCACUGGUCGCUGUUUGGAUGCGUGGGAGCCCCAGAAUGGCGGGGCGGUCCACACGUGGGAUUGCAGCGCCACCAACGCCAACCAAUAUUGGUCGUACGAAGCCACGACAAAGCAACUCCGACACAAGACACACGCGAGCUACUGCUUGGAUAUUGGGACGACUACUGGCACGAAGCCUCAUUUGUGGCAGUGCCUCGCGAGCACGCGUCCGGAUGUCAAGAACCAGCAACUUAACCUCCUGUCGCCCUCCCUCGACCGACUGGUGACCAACACGGCUUUCGGAAGCGUGCUGACGGCCGUGGGAGAUGCUGCCGUUGCGUUCCAGCCGCUCAUGGCUUCCAGUGUGACGCAGCUGUGGCAACUGGACUCGUCUCAACUGCUUCGGUCGACGGGGGCCACCAGCAAGUGCGUGGAUGCGUACGAGCCUCAGAAUGGCGGGGCCGUGCAUUUGUGGGAUUGCAGUGCUACCAACGUCAACCAGCUGUGGACGCAUGACGCCACCACAAAGCAACUCCGACACAAGACCCACGUUGGGUACUGCCUCGACAUCGGAAGCCCUACUGGUGAGGCACCGCACCUGUGGACGUGCUUGCCUACGACACACGUUGACCUGAAGAACCAAGUGUUUGUGUUUUAGGCACAUGCUACUUCCUCUGUUCGGAAUGAAGUAUACCAUUAUAUAAUUGUACAUUUUACCAGU